UUUAUGGAUUAUAUACUGUUUUUAAAUGUGAAAUUUAUAUGCGAUGGCCCAGACUUGAAAUCAUCAUCAAUCAUGUAGACAAAUUUGUUACAUUUAAACAAAUAACAUAACUGCUUCCAGUUCUUGCGCAUUACUCUCCAACACUAAAGUCACAUGGAGUUUCUUACAACUAUCUACAUCAUGUGUCCAGCUCAUCAUUAAAUAAAAGUCUCAUCACGAUUUUCAGAAAUUUUAAAUGCAUGUUUUAGCUUAGUGCAUGAGAUGCAUAACAAUCGAGACGUGAAAGCAUUCAUUUAGAUUACCUUCAAAUCACUCUAUAUUAUAUUUUAUAAAAUUUGCAAAUCACUCAAUACUUUUAAAAUAAGAGCGUAAACGAAGGGUAACUACACAGGUACGCCACUUAAAUUAGCUACAACUUCUUAACGACCAACAGACUCUCGGCAUUAACAUUACUCGGGGAUUAUUACAUUCCUCCCAUUCUACUUUUUGUGUCUACUCAAGUAGACUUCUCUUAUAAUUCAAAGCUCAUGAACAUUUUAAUGGAAAGAAUAAGUAGAGAGGUACAUAGUGGUGUUGGUUCUACAAACGAACAACAUGGAUAUGCUUAACACCAUUCUCAAUCUUUUUCUCCCUCCUCUUACCAUAAUCUUUCUCUUCCUCUUUUACCCAUACUAUCUUUUGAUCAAGUUUGUAGUUUGUCUUUAUAAGCAUCUUUGCUUGGAAAACGUAUCUGGGAAAGUAACUCUAAUUACCGGAGCUUCUUCCGGCAUCGGAGAGCACGUCGCAUACGAGUAUGCAAAGAAAGGAGCAUAUUUGGCUCUCGUUGAUCGACUAGAGGAUCGUCUAGAGAUGGUAGCUGAAACAUCACGGAAAUUAGGAUCUAGUAAUGUCAUUAUCAUACCUGGUGAUGUUGCUAAUGUUGAUGACUGCAAGAAGUUCAUCAACGAGACGAUUCACCAUUUCGGAAAACUGGACCACCUGAUCAACAAUGCUGGUGUAUUUCAGACUGUUCUUUUCGAGGAUUUAACCCAAGUUCAAGACGCUAAUCAUAUAAUGGAUAUCAACUUUUGGGGCACAACAUACAUCACUUACUUUGCAAUUCCUCAUCUUCGAAAGAGCAAUGGAAAAAUCAUUGUGAAUACUUCUAAUUCAGCAAAUAUACCUUUGCCAUUGUCAAGCGUCUAUUCAGCAAGUAAAGCAGCCUUAUUAAGAUUCUUUGAGACAUUGAGAGUUGAACUAAGUCCGGAUAUCAAAAUAAUAAUUAUUUUACCCGGAUUUAUAGCAACAAAUAUGACCAGUCCUCACUUCAUUGAAAAGUACGGUUCAGAUUUUAUCCUGUCGGAAUCAGUAAAAAAAUGUGCAAAAGCAAUCUUUAGAGGUAUUGCUAGAGGAGAGACAUACAUAGAAGAGCCAUCUUGGACGAAAUGGAUAGUUUUAGUGAAAAAUUUAUGUCCUGAAUUCGUUGAAUACUCACUCAAAUAUUUAUUUUAUCGUUAUCUCAAACCUUCUUAUUUCAAAAGCGAAUGAUCAUAUCAAAUCCAUCCAAGAUCUCAAGUUUUCAAUAAUGGUUGUGUUCCUAUAAUUGAUAUGAAAUUUAUACCUUUGUUACCUUUGUAUUAUAUUGAAGUGAUUGUUUCCUAUGCAUUUUUUUCACAUUUUACCUAUUAAAACAGAAAUUAUGACUUUAAUGUGUGAUUUUUUUUGGUGAACAAAAAAGGUUAAUUUGUCAAAUGUUCAUAUUGAGAGAAAAAAAUCAAUGAAUAACUAUGUAAUAAUUCUGAGAUAAGAUGUAACACUUUGCAACAAAAUAUGAUCAUUUGAGUGUGUAUAUGCAACCGAUUAUAAAUAAAAGUGGUUUUAAAAUAAAACUCCUCAGCUAAAAGAUGGAUCGUAAAAUAACUAAUAAACUAACGACAAAAGAAAUCUUCAACUUUAAUUAUGUUAACGUCUGUCACAAUCUUUCACGGUAUUUUAGACGGAAGGUGACAUACAUUAACAGAAAUAAAGUUGAUGUUUCUUCUCCGUGCUUUGGCCUCACUCGCUCGAUAUCACGAAUCAGUUACCGAUAGAUCACCUAUCUUUCUACUACUCUAGCUCAAGCACACUUAACUCGAGAGUUCUAAACGGAUGUGUGCCCGAAAAGGUAAGCGCACUUUAGUGACAUAAGUAGUCAAAUCAAUGCUCUUUUAAUCCUUUCCACAUAUACUAGAAAUCGAGAUGUUACAAUUCACUCCUUCAGAACGCAACAUCCUCGUUGGACACCGAGAUCGUUACCCAUGUUAGUGUGAGCCCUCACUGACUCCACACUCGUUUGGGUUUGUCUCUGAUACCACUUGUAACGCCUCGACCGCCUACGACUAAUGGGCCUCCCACGCCUGCUCUCUCGGCCCGUGGGAUCCAUUCCCUGCGACGGAUAAUGCAUUAAUUGUUUUGGAGGCUCAUUAAUCAUGUUUAUUGACCCUGAAAUCACGACCAUUCCAUGUUCUUUUGCCUCACUCGCAUGGUAUCACGAAUUACUUCCCGAUAGAUCACCUAUCUGUUCAUUAUUCCAUUCCAAGUACGCUUAACCCUGGAGUUCUAAUCGGAAGUGUUCCCAAAAAGGUAAGCCCAAUUUAAUGAUACAGGUAGCCAAAACAAUUUUCUUAAGCUUUUCCACAUACCACAAACUGGGAUGUUACAGUUUUUUUCGUCAAUUUGUUUUAGUUGAGGGAUUAUUUUGGUAUCCAUUUUUAGUUGAGGACUUUUAUUACAAAAUGCGAUUAAAUGUUUUAAAAUAUUUAUUAUCACUUAUGCAUUAUUUAAAACUCUUAUAAUAGAUUUAUAUGCCUUUAAAAUAAUUUAUAAAUUCUUAUCCAUUAUUUUAUCAAUUUUAUAACUGAUAUAUAGAGCUUUAUAAAUAUUUUAAUACUUUUAUAAAUGAUUUAUAAGGUUUAAAAAUAAUUUUAUAAGAUUAAAGAUAUGGUUGUUCGUCAUACUACAAAUACAUAAAAUAAAUAAAUAAAGCAAGAAAAGUAAAUCAAAGAUAUAAGUUUAUUGAUUAAUAUGGUAGGAGUAUAACAUACUGGUUUGGAUUUCAAAGAGAAAAAUAAAUAAUUCUGCAUUUUUUUCGUAGAAGCAAGAAGAAAGUAUGACUCGAAGUCUGAAAAUCGUGUAAAUAGGAGAUGAAAGGCCGACACCAUACUAUAAGCAGGAAUGUUGAAUUUACGAGAUUGCCAUCCUCUUCUUCCUCUGAAGAUCCUAAAAUUAGUCGCCAUUAAAUCCAAAAUUUUCGACCUGUGUCUCUAGGGUUUAGGGUUUUUCCUAAUUUCCACUAGAGUUGAUGAAUAUGUUAAAUUUAGCUAGUGUAUUGAGUCAUUUUGUGCUGUUUGUGUAAGCAGCGGAUGAUACCAUUAUGUUCAUAAACGUUGGAGGAGUUGAUAAUGCUGAUUUGAAGUAUGUAGGUGUUAGUGUUUUGCUCAUAGCUUCUAAAUAUGAAGAAAUAUGAGUUCCUUAGGUGUGGAUCCCUUACUUCUAAUAGAGAAACAUUUUAGAAGAA